AUGUCUUCCACGGCCAUUAAGUACGGCGGACUGCCGAAAGAACUUCCCACAGAUGAUCCUGACGACGUCCUGUUCAACUCUCUUUACGGUGUGCGAACCAUUGAGUUGAAUCGGCCCAAGAAGCUCAACUCCCUCAACGGCUCAAUGGCGAGGAAAAUACUCCCUCGACUUCGGGAGUGGGAAAAAUCGCAAAUGGCCAACGUCGUUCUGAUAAGCGGUGCUGGCCCGAAAGCUUUCUGCGCAGGCGGUGAUGUUGCAGAACUGGCGUCACAGAAUAAACAGGGACCAGAAGGUCAAAAGAAGUCUUCGGACUACUUUGCUCUUGAAUACAAACUGGACCAUCUGAUUGCCACAUACAGCAAGCCAUACAUAGCGAUCAUGGAUGGCAUAACAAUGGGCGGUGGUGUUGGUCUUUCGGUCCAUGCACCUUUCCGAAUUGCGACUGAGAAGACCGUCUUUGCCAUGCCCGAGACCACCAUUGGGUUCUUCCCUGAUGUUGGUGGGAGUUUCUUCUUGUCUCGCCUGGAUGGCGAGAUUGGUACAUAUCUAGCCCUGACUUCUGAGCGACUCCAUGGUGUGCAGGCCUUCUACGCUGGCAUCGCGACACAUUACGUCGACAGCUCUGUCUUGGCACAAUUGACAACUCGACUCUCCGAGCUGGUCUUUAAAGACUACGCUGAUCUGAACGAACGACUGGAACUUAUCAACUCCACGAUCUCCGAGUUUUCAAGCUCGCUACCCUCACCCGAUUCCUACGAAGCUGCCAAGUAUGGGAACCUCACCGGUGCCUUGCGAGAAGCUGUCGAUCGGGUCUUCAAGUACAACACAGUAGAGGAGAUCUUGGGCGCUCUCCAGAAGGAGGCAGAAUCAGCAGACGAGAAGACCGUCGAGUGGGCGAAAGCAACCCAAAAGACCAUUGCUAUCCGAUCACCCACGAGUCUGCGUGUCACGCUACGUCAGCUCCGAGAAGGAAAGCACUGGAACAUAACUGAGACCUUUAUUAAAGAGCACAAAAUGGCCAGCAGAUUCAUGGCACACCCCGACUUUGUGGAGGGUGUCUCUGCACGCCUGAUCAACAAACCGCCCACGAAACCUGUAUGGAAUCCUGCCACGUUAGCAGAGGUCUCGACGGCCGAUGUGGACGAAUUCUUUGUCGCUCCUACGGAGCAGGAGGCUCUGCAGUUGGUGGAACCCCAUGAAGGAGCACUUGAUCAACACUACACAGACUACCCACACGCCAAAUUUGCUUUGCCUCGGGAGUCGGAUAUUGAGGCUGUUGUCAAGGAGGUAGGCCAGGAAGGUUCAAAGAGGGUGAUUGAUGAUGUGUUGAGGCUGUGGAAGAACAAAGCUGGUGUGAGAGAGAAAGUCCAGGAAGUAAUCGCGCGGAAGACUGUCUCCAGUGACGGAAAAGCACUUCGCUGGAAGGGCGAGAGCGCUCGUCUAUAG